UAGCUGUGCUACCAUGCGGACCUCUGCGGUGCUCCUGCUCUUGGCGCUCCCGGCGUUGGUGCGAACCCAAACCCUUCCCGGCCACUCCAAACCUGUGGCCUACCAUCUCGACAUCUAUGUUCCUGAUUUAGCUACAACGUCUACUUUCAAUGCGAGCGUGGAAAUAAAUGUUACCGUAACUACAUCUACUGACAGCUUCGUUUUGCACGCUGAAGGCCUUGACAUAGACCCCUCCAGGGUAUCAGUGCAGUACCACUCCAGGCUACGUGGUUGGAGGGAGGAAAGUGUAUCAGAUGUCGUACACAACAGCUCCUUCCUGGACAUCAAACUGGAGAGACCUGGGCUCACCGGGGACUACAUCAUCACCAUCGGAUACACGGGCACCUUCCAAAACGAGAUGGCUGGUUUUUGCAAAGUUGGCUACCAUUUCAACCGAAUGCAGAAAUACAUGGCAGUGACUAACUUCGAACCAACAAAUGCUAGAAAGGUGUUUCCAUGCUAUGACGAACCCCCUCACAGGACAAAAUUCGUGCUGGACAUCACAGUGAACAGAUCGCUGUUCGUUCUCUCGAAUGUUAGACAUACUUCUGUGCACAACGUAACAGAUACAACAAAAGUUUUCCGGUUUGAUGGCUACCCAGAGUUGCCAAUCCACUCUGUGGCAUGGGUCGUGCUGGACCACAACACUUUCCAGCUACAAACCAGCAAUGUCGGAGCCACACUGGUACACACCCGUGCCCCGUACCCGUACAGCAACCACACGGCCUGGGCCAAUAGAGUGACAGCAAGUCUACUAAGUGCUCUCAACGAUUACACUGGUCAGGUCUACUCUCAUGCCACUCUAGAGCAGGUUGUAAUCCCUGAGUUCUUCGUCGGCUCAUCUGAAGGAUGGGGACUCAUUAGUUACUCGGAAGAAGCCAUCCUGGUAACCCCUGAGAGAUCUUCUGCAUGGUAUAUGCAGCAGAUAGCUCUCGGACUGGCCAGUGGGCUGGCUCACCAGUGGUUCGGGGACAGUGUGUCGAUGGACAGCUGGGACAACACUUGGCUCACCACCGGCCUCACUGAGCAUCUCAAAUAUGUAGUCACUGGCUCACUGGAGGACAUGAAGGAUUGGGAAUUGGCAGAGCAAGAAGUUGUGGAGUUGAUUCAGCCAGCUCUAGCACUAGACGUAAAUGGUCAUGCUCUAGUGGACAACACUCAAACAGAAGCUGAAGAGGUCAAAGAGGCUUGUGAUGAUAUCACAAAGUAUAAAGGAGGAGCUAUUAUCUCAAUGCUGCACUAUAUUUUGAAAGACAACACUUUCAAAAGAGGUUUGACAGCCUACCUUCCAAUUGUGCAAGGCCAAACUAGCUCCCCAGAUGAACUUUGGAACAUCCUGUAUGAGGUUGCACAAGAUUCCGGCGUAGACUUGGGGCUUCAAAGUAUGAACACCAUCAUGGAUGAGUGGGCUAGUACUUCAGGCCACCCGACCCUCUCUGUCUCCUGGAAUACCACACACUUCAUUGUAUCUGAGCCAUCAUCAGGUGGUUGGCACAUCCCAGUGACAUACAUGCUGCAGAGUUCUCCUGGAGAAGAGACCAGUGCAUGGCUCCACCCAGGGUCGUCUUUGGUCGUACCUGCUUCAGACCCUCAGUGGAUUCUUCUUAAUAUCAACCAAACUGGGUUUUACCGAGUAAACUACGAGAGAGUGCUGUGGCAGCGGCUGAUGUAUCAACUCAAUUCUGACCUGACUCGCAUUCCACGACUCAGCCGUGCUCAGCUUUUGGACGAUGUAUUUACUCUAGCAGAACAGGGGACACUACCUUAUGAUAUGCUCCUAGAGUUCACCAGUUACCUACGAGCAGAGACUGACUAUUAUCCUUGGCGAACGGCUCUCAGACAUUUUCAGACACUUUUGGACAAAUUUUAUGGCUUCUCAUCUUAUGAGCUAUUAAAGCAACACCUAGUGGAUUUACUAACAGAGGUGGUGGCAGAUGUUGGCUUCACACGCUUACCACAAGACUCCCACUUGGUCAGAUUAAAACAAGCAUUUAUCCUUGAGAGAGCUUGUGCUUUCAACCAUUCAACAUGUGUCCAGAAAUCUGUCAGCAUGAUUCGGAGUUGGAUGUCUUCAACUUUCUUUGAUGCAGAUCUAAGCACAACUCUUUUGUGUUCUGGAAUCGCAAACAGUCCUACUGGAGUGUGGAGAACUAUGUGGCAGAUGUUCCAUUACUCUGUGUUCCCUAGUGUGCGCUCCAGUCUACUUAAAGCCCUCACCUGCACUCACGAUCAACUAGUAUUCAAUGAAUUUCUGACCAACAUUACCUCUUCAAGUGCCUCUGUGGUGAGCUCAAAAGACAGAACUAUCUUGCUUCGAACAUUUGCUUCCACACCUUUUGGAGCUGAUAAACUAUUGGACUGGUUACUACAGAGGUUAUACACUCAACUGAACCAAACGCUACCUGUAGCCAAUAACUCGACUCAUACAGGUCCUAACUCAAGCGAAUCACCAACUCCCCAGCAACAAGCAAACAUGACUGAUGUUGGUUUUAACUCAAGCGUAACUUCCACUCCCCAGCCACAAACACAGACUCAAGAAAAUGUAUCCAGCCCAGUGUCUGCAAGACUACUUGAGCCUAUCUCUGAGCAUUCUGUCGUACGAAGAUCUACAGUUGUAUCAGAACCCAUUGCAGAGGAAGAUGUGCUCGCCAUUUUGGGUUACAUUCUUCCCAAGUUAACCGCUUCUGAGCAAGGUCUCAAGUUGGAUACAUUUAUGGAAUUGAAUGAUACUGGGAUUUCAAGCUCUACUCUUGCAGUUAUGAAAAAGACUGCACUCCAAGUACAUCAACAAGCUGACUGGGCCAGCAGAAUCAAUGAAAACAUCACUACUUGGCUGAAAAAUAAGGCAGCUUCCACAACAGUCCCGACCUCUGUUACCACUCAAGCCCCUGGUCAGCCUACAUCCUCACCCAGUGGGUCCGUCAUUACAUCCUUCAACCUGGCUCUGUCCACUCUUGCUCUAGUGGUAACAUUAGCUAUUUGUUAGUGUUUCUGUACUCAUUGCAUCCUUUUAAAAUCACUAAUUUAACUAUUUAUGUUCAAUUUAUAUAGUUUGUUCUUCCAUUACAGCUUGAAACAUUACUAAUGCAUUAGUAUUUUACAUAUAACAUAUUUUCAUUAAAUAGAUUAUUAAAUCAUCAACAAAGUCAAAAUUAACUAUGUGUAUAUUAAACAUAUAGAAGGCUGAAUCAUAAGUGCAAUUUUUGGCCUAAUAUCGGUAUAAGAUUAAAGUAGGAUUACACUUCAUAUAUUUUAACAUAGACUACGUUGUAGAUUUAUUUAUCAAGUUAUUGAUGGGGGUUUUAGGUAUUGAGCAAAACUGAUUCUGGUUCAGCCUAACUAGGUUUUAGUUACUGGUUAUUAUAUUAUUCGGAGUUAUAAAAAAAAAAAAACAUUCAGAAUGGUUUCUAAGUGACAGUGAAGUAUCUCUGGCUGCAUCCUGUGAACACAUUCACCUUACAAUGCAUAUAAAAAGUAUUUCCUAAACUCCUGGGCCAUAUUCAAAACUCAAGGUUAUACUGGAUUAAUUUUGAAAAAUUUAAAAUUUUUCCGUUUUUACAUUUUUUUAAAUAAAAUCCUGUUUAUUUUCAUAUGUAUUGUUCACAUAUUAUGAUUAUAGUCCAGUAUUUAUAUGAGUAUAAUUUUAGAUUAUGAUAAUUAGUGACAUUGUUACCUAUGAAAGUUACCUGUCAAAACAUCAACUUAAUUUAAUUAUUUAACAUUACCAUUUAACGUAUAUUUUAUUAGAUGUAUAUAUUAUGUGCUAAAUAAAAACUGUAUAAUAUCAACAUUGCAUUUCAUAGGCUCAUCAAUAAUAUGUACUCGUAUAUGCAUUUCAGUGAGACUUUUACAACAUAAUUUUCCAAAGAUGGUAGUUUUACUCUCUUUUGGUGAUGAUCAUAGACUUGGGUUCAUAGCAGAGUGUCUUCAGUAAACUUUUAAAUCAUCUGAUAACAAAAUUGUCAAGUUUUCAUCUACUUACAAUAACUAAUUGAUAGCGCGCUGUGCAACAAAUAUGUUACAUAGCAAAUCUGUUUCAAGGAUAAAAUCGUAACAAAAUAUUUCCUUGAUUCGCCCACUCUUCACAUAGUUUUUGAGUUUGUUAUGGCAUUUCAUACUUGGGAAUAAGGCUAUGAAAUGAAAAACCAUGUAAUAUUUUUUCUAUAGCUACUUAACCCAAAUGCAAUUAGUAUCUUAGGCUUCAUUAACUUUUUACAUUUGUAUAUAAAACUCAGUUAUUAAUUUUCAGCCUGUCAGUAUAUCUCAUUAACAUUUUGCCCUAUUCCAGAAUAUGUGGUAAGAAAUACUGUACAGUAUUAUAGUAAACAACCAUAUUGUAACAGCAUGUUUUAUAUAUAGAAAGAGCAGGUGCAACACUAAGCAUAAACUUACUUAAUUUAUAACAUAGAUAUUUGUAUUUAAUAUUUACAGCUCAUUUACUUUGACAUUUAGCUCAAGAAUAAUAUUAAUAAGCCUAGUGUAAGAUAUAGUACAUGUAUACUUUUAAUAUUGUAAUACUUUCAAAAAUAUACAUUAUUUGUUUGUUGUUAAAAAUAAUUAAAAAAUUAAUAAAUAUAUUUUUAAUACUGU